AUCUUUUCAAGUUGUCAUGGCUAAUCUCCUUUUCCGCUUCGUCGUCAUCCUCCACUUCAUGAAUGAGCUGAUCCAUGGUCACGUCUCCGCACCACUGAAUCCCUUUUAUCAGUUGCCCAGAACCCGAAGCGAUCAGCUUCUCGUCAUCCCACUGUAAUCCUCCACGUUGGCCGCCAACUGCAUCCAGUACAUAGUUUAUUGCUUCUACACCAUCUCCUUCCUCUCCCCAUUCAGCUCCGGCUGCGAAUUCUCCUUCGCCACCGUCGCAACCAACAAACACCUCUUUCCCCUAUCUCAUUCACCUUUUUCUGACACUUUCCGCACCGCGAACGGCUGUCAUCCGACAAGAUCGGUCUAGGUUCUCGAGCAACGGCUCUUGCCCCUUCGACGCAAUCUGCAAUCCGUAGUUCAGCAAUCAGCAUACCGUUCUUUUCCUCCGAUUUCGAUUUAGGGUUUUUGCUGGGCCCUUCGUGGUCUCUGAAUCCGACCCGGUUUCCUGUUUCGCUCAAGAAGCUCACUCAUCUAAAUCACCGCAACCUUCGCAAACCCUUUCGUCCCCGUACAAAGCCGCUAACAGGAACAGCGGUUUUUCCGGAAAAAAGUCUUUAGAAACCGCUGGGUGAAUUAGCGGGUUUAGUAAGAAGACCAAGACCGCCGUCGUCGUUUGGGAGAGCUACGGCUGAGGAAGCAGCGGAAGCCUGAACGAUUCAUCCAUGGAAGCACCGCCGAUUUCUUCUUCUUCUUCUCUCAGAUGGAAGAUCCUUCGUCAAGCACUACUUCGCAAAUCAGAUUCCGAGACCCAAGACAGGAUCAAGCGGAUUUCCAGAAAAUCAAGCCAAGGAUUCAACUUGAUCCCCUUUCGCGUGGUGGGUUCGUCGCCGGAAACGGAGAAUUCUCGGGAGUCCUGCGUUUGCUACACAUUACCCAUCUCCGGGUCCCCGAAACUCCAUCUGACGUUAGAAAUAUUAUUUUCGCCAUUAAUCUAUUCCUUUUGGCAUUUCGUCGAACCCAAUGCCCAAAGCUGUUGAUGUUGUUUCACAGAUUAAGAAUGCGGACAGUAACUAUUCGUUUCCCUCGUACGUUAUUCACUUUUGGUGUUUCUCCCAAAUUCUCAUGCAGACAAAAAGCCGAUAAUUGCACUGAUCUUAGCGACUUUGAGAUAUCUAAUCGGCACAACAUCGACAAUACAGGACUUGUCUGUCAGUGGCCCUCUGAAGAAGCUCUUGCAUACUUUUGCCUGUCUCAGUGUGAUCUUUUCAGAGGUAAAAGAGUAAUUGAGCUUGGAGCGGGUUAUGGGUUGGCCGGCUUAGUAAUCGCUGCUGCCACUGAAGCAUCGGAAGUGGUGAUCUCAGAUGGAAAUCCUCAAGUAGUUAACUAUAUUGAGCGUAAUAUAAAAUCCAACUCCAAUACAUUCGGCAGCACAAGUGUGAAAGCCAUGGAGUUGCAUUGGAAUCAAGAAGAUCUUUCCGAUUUAACCGGCGCUUUUGACAUCAUCGUGGCAAGUGAUUGUACCUUUUUCAAAGAGUUCCAUGAGCAUCUUGCUAGGAUCGUCAAGAUGCUGCUUAAAGCCAAAGAACCAUCUCAGGCUUUAUUCUUCAGCCCCAAGAGAGGCGACUCGUUGGGCAAAUUUCUUGCGGAAAUUGAAGAUACGGGUUUGAAUUUCAGCUUAACCGAAAACUAUGACUCGGAAGUUUGGAAGCGUCACCAGGUGCUUAUGAAUGGAGACGGCUCUUGGCCUAGCUAUGAACAAAACCACUCCUACCCUUUACUUGUCCGGAUCACUAAUCCGAAUUAGCCAACUAGGGACCGGGAAUAACGCAGAGAUGCCCUUAUCUUCCUUUUUAGCAUAAUAGAGGGUCCACACACGCACGAGUAGGCAAAGCCGUUCGCCUAAAGGACGAUUCAUAACAAUAUGGAAAGAAAAAAAAAAGCUACAAGAUUAGAUGCUCAGCAUUGAUGGAUUAUAUUAUCUCUGUAGUUUCUAGUUGUGUGGUUUCGGCCCCUUUUUUUAAUGCGUUGAUUAGUAAAAGAUGGAAAAAUUGAGGAAUCAUAGGAGAUGGACCCUGGGUCGUCUUCUUUGUUCUGGAAGAACCUGUGUUUUUGUUCAACUGUGGGUCCUCUCCUUGUGGUUAGGUUCCAUUUCCCGAUGCCGAUUUGAUGGGCACUUU